AAAGCUUUCCAUUGCUCCCUACGUUUUGUUGAUAUUUGUCGAAAGACCCGGGUUUGAUUUAAUGUGAUAUUUGCCAGUCUGUCUUUUUGACUAAUUUAAGCGACGCUGUAUAAGGAUCUGAUAACCCGAAAUGCAAUAUUUGUAAUAGACAGAUGUUCCACAUUGCCUUUCAAUUUGUGACAUUUGAAAAAAGAUACUGCUAUAAGACAUACCAUCUCAGGUGACGUUACGAAGUUUGAUGAAAGUCCUACGUCUUUCAUCUGGCUAUUUAGUUAUUAAGAAUGGCUGAAGAAUCUAUUGAAGAAAGGCAAGAGAAUGAAAUGCAAGCAUUGAAGGCAAUAUUUGGCCACGAUCUGAGGGAUCUUCGUGAAAAUGAUGUUUGGAAAGUUUGGAGGCCUCUUGAAUGUGCUGUUACUUUAAAACCUCAACAAGGAAGUAGCCAACAGGAUGUUCAUGUGCAGAUUGAUCUUCGUGUUCACUGCUCAAAAACAUAUCCAAAUGAAGUCCCAACAUUAUCAUUUGAAAAAAGCAAAGGAUUAUCAGAACUCCAACUGACUCAAUUAAAAAGUGAACUUGACCAUUUAGCUGGUCAACUAGUUGGAGAAGUGAUGAUAUUUAAUUUGGCUCAACAUGCACAGAAAUAUCUCCAUCAGCACAACAAACCAGGUUUUCAAUCUUUUUAUGAAGAAAUGAUGAGCCGGCAACGCCAGCAGAAGUUGCAGCAGCAAGAAGUGAUGAGGAAAAAGGAAGAUGAAAAGAGACUGGCCAUUCAAGAAGAAAUAGAAAGGAGGAAAGAAAUCUUACGAGAAGAGGAACGCCUGCGCAAAAGUCAAGCUCGCUCUUCCCAGGAGCACGAUAGUGGAGAGGAAGGAUCUUCUCCUACAGAACUGACACGUGGUUUUCGGCGCCGGUCACAUAACGUGUCAGAGAGCAGCAGCGGAUCUGUGUGUGAACGAAAUCAUAGGGGCCCCCUUGUUAUAGAAUUCAACGCUAAGUCAGAAAGGCAGAUACGACGUGGUAAAUGUCUCGGCCAUAGUCCUAGAGGGUCAAUUGUAUAUUCAGCCAUGGACACAAAGACAGGGCAGCUAUACAUUCUCACGGAAUGGGUGUUAAAAGUUGUUAAUAAAUCUCCUUUACAACAUCAUCGGAAAAGAAUUGGCUUUUCAGAAUGCCCAGAAGGUGGUGAUAUGAAUAGCUAUCUAAAACAGAUAUGCAGUAUUGAACAGGAGCUGAAUUAUUUACAAAAACUUCAUCAUUCCAAUCUCGUGCAUUAUAUCAGUAUGAAAUAUAUCCAAGAAAAGGACUGUUUAUUGGUUUAUCUUCUUCAGGAGUUUGUAUUUGGUGCAAAUUUGACAUUCUACCUCUCUGAGAAGCUUCCUGUUGAUACUGAUAUGCUACGUCAUGUAACUACAGGAAUUCUUGAAGCACUGGCAUUUCUUCAUCAAAACAACAUUGUACAUAAAGACCUGAGAGGAUCCUGUGUUUUCCUGACACAAACAGGUCUUGUUCGUGUAUCUGAUUACAGCUUGGACAAAAGAUUGUUAGAUGCUUAUCAAGCAAGUGUUGAGACAAAAGCAGAGAGUAUUUAUCCUCCAUCACUAGGUCGUGGAGGGAAGAAAGCUGAUAUAUAUCGGUUAGGCAUUUUACUAUUGUCUCUUAUCAAUGGCCACAUCGUAACUGGUGCUACUCCUGAAAUUCCAAAAGGGCUACCACCAGUGUUGAAAGAUUUCCUGUUUAAAUGUCUCAUGGAAGAUGAGCACCAGCGCUGGAGUGCAGGCCAGCUUCUUCACCAUCAGUUUCUAAAAAUGAAAGUUGGCUCUAACUUAAUUAUGGCCCAGAACCAUGAGGAAGAAAAAAAUAGUGAAUAUGAUAAGAAUGAAGAUGAAGAAAGCAUAAUUAUUGCCAGUAUUCCAUGUCAACCAAAUGGACAUUCUCGAAUUUAUCAAGAAUUUGAAAUGAUGAAAUUGCUGGGAAAGGGUUCGUUUGGUAAUGUGUAUAAGGUUCGUAACAAGUUAGAUGGUGGUAUUUAUGCUAUAAAAAGGAUAGAGUUGGAUCCUAAAAAUAAGCAACUAAAUCGCAAAAUUACUCGUGAAGUGAAACUCCUUUCUCGUUUAAAUCAUGAAAACGUAGUUCGCUACUACAAUUCAUGGAUUGAGAGUGCUACAAUUGAGAUGCCCACAAAUACUGAUCAAGUUGAUGGUUCUUCAAGAAGUAUUUACGAAGGAAAAAAGGAUGUCAAGCAGGUAACAGUGAAUUUUUUGGAUGGUAUAACGAAAUUGGCACCGCCUGGACAAGAUGUUGCUGUGGAAUGGAGUGUGUCUGAGAGCAGCGCUCUUCCAGAAACUGAUAGUUCAGAUGAUAGCUCUGAUGAAGAGGAUUGGGUUAGCUUUGUGGCUCAGACAGAUUCAUCAAGUGAUAUUGUUUUUGAGGAUGAAAGUCCUAAUAAAACAACUGAGCCUCCUGCAAAACAAUUAUUUCCAAGUUCAGAAGAAACAAAAAAAAUGUCUAGUUCAGAAAAUGUUUCUUCACAAGACGCCAAAGAGUUUCAGUUCAUGUAUAUUCAAAUGGAAUUCUGUGAGAAAAGUACUUUAAGAAAUGCCAUCGACAAUGAAUUAUAUGGUGAUGUUGAAAGAAUGUGGCGAUUAUUUAGAGAAAUUGUGGAAGGCUUAACACACAUACAUCAACAGGGUAUGAUUCACAGAGACCUUAAGCCAGUGAAUAUAUUUUUAGAUUCAAAGGACCAUGUAAAAAUUGGUGAUUUUGGUCUCGCCACAUUCAAUGUUCUACCCAGACCUGGUAACAUUCCUACAAAAGAAUCUCCUUCCUCUGUAACCAUCACUACGAAAUAUGCUGACCCCCAGUCUUUUGGCAAUGAGAUGGGGGAUCUGUCUCUGACUGGUCAAGUGGGUACUGCUCUUUAUGUUGCCCCAGAGUUGACAUGUACAACUGGAAGGACUGUCUACAGUCAGAAGGUUGAUAUAUAUAGUUUGGGUAUCAUAUUUUUUGAAAUGUGUUCUCCACCAUGGGAAACUGCUAUGGAGAGAGUCAAAGUAUUAGCUAAUUUGCGUACAAAAGAUAUUUUAUUACCAGAAGAUUUUAAUGAUAAGCAAAAAGUGGACAUUAUUCAUUGGCUACUUGAUCAUGACCCAAGUCAACGUCCAACAUCUCUAGAACUACUUCAGUCUGAUUAUGUUCCUCCUCCUCAAGUAGAGGAAGCGUCACUUCAGGAAAUAGUUCGUCACACAUUGUCAGAACCUCAAAGCAAAACGUAUAAGUAUCUAAUUGCUUCCUGUUUUAAACAGGAAACGGACUCGGCUGCUGAUAUAACUUAUGAUAUGAACUUGACUCGUAAUAUCUGUGUUCCUGUAACACAGUUUUUAUUGCUCCAAAAUUUUGCCAAAGAAACAGCUAUACAGGUUUUUCAGAGACAUGGUGCUAUUUGUUUACCUACCUCACUACUGAUGCCAAAGAAUCAUAUCUAUAAUUAUGUUGAGUCUUCAGUGAAUCUCAUGACUCAUUCUGGUGCUAUUGUGACUCUCCCUCAUGAUCUGAGAGUCUCAUUUGCAAGACACAUUGCUCAUAACAGCAUUACUAAUGUGAAAAGGUAUGCUUUAGAUCGAGUUUACAGAGAGAAGAAACUGUUUGGUUUUCAUCCUAGAGAGUUAUAUGAAUGUGCUUUUGACAUCGUUUCAUCUCAGUCUGGAUCCCUCUUGCAUGAAGCAGAAGUACUUUCAGUUGUCUGGGAAUUUCUAUGUGAAUUCAAAAGUCUUCGUGAUAUAUCAUUUAUAAUUCGUUUCAAUCACACAUCAUUGGUAAAGGCUGUUCUACUUUAUCUAGGAAUUGAAGAAUCAAAACAUGAUGAAAUUUAUCCUGUUCUUAGUCAAGCAAGAGUCGAAAAAUAUUCAAAAUUGGAGAAGAAAGAAGCACGUGUUGUACCUCUAUUAAAAUUAGGACUGUCGGAAAAGACUGUGGAGACUCUGUACACAUUUAUGGAAAGUGAGACUCCUAUAACAAAAAUUUCUGAUGCAUUUCGUUUUCUUAUCAAAAGGAAAGGUCCAGUUUCUACACUUGCAAAACAGGCCCUUGAAGAUUUAGAACAAAUUGCUUCUUACACAGCUGAAUUGGGUGUAAAGUGUCCUAUGGUCAUAACACUAGGUAUGCUCUACAAUAUUAACUUGUAUUCGGGAAUGAUGUGUCAGUUUGUAUGUGAGUUGAAGAAGAAACGGAGGAAAGUUGGUAUCGAUGUAAUAGCAGCUGGUGGUCGUUAUGAUUCUCUAAUUGCUAUGUUUAGGCAAAGACUGGAGGAUGCAGGAAUGCAAUUAAGGGAAGUGAAGCAGUCAGCAAUUGGUGUCAGCAUUGCCCUGGAUAAAAUAAUACUGGCAUUACAAGAAGAAUCUCUUCCUGCAAUGUUAGACGCUGUUGUAUGCUCGUUAGGAAAUAAUCCAAUGCUCAAGGAGAAGGCUACAUUGGUUCGGGAUAUGUGGGCUUCAGGCAUUCGAACACUUUUGAUGGAAGGCGUGCAGGUCAUGUCCCACAUUAUGCCCAUGCUUGACCAGCUAGCUUCCAAAGCUCAUGUUGAAGUUCUCAUACUUAGCGUAGAAAUGUCUGUGGUAAAAACUUUAGUAUCCACUCUUGAUCUUGAUUCUGACCAAGAGUUUCAGAGGAGUGUUAGUCUCACCUUUCGGCCGAAAAAAAGCUUCCAGCCGGGCACAUUGCGAUAUUCUUUGCAUAAACAGGCUCAAGCAUCCCUCAAUGCUGGUGUAAAUCUGAGAUCAGUUGUUCAGUUACCAGAGGGUGAAGAUCUAAAUGAUUGGAUUGCAGUUCAUGUGGUAGAUUUCUUUAACAGAGUAAAUCUUAUUUAUGGAACCGUCUCAGAGUAUUGCACAGCCAUUACUUGCCCUACGAUGUCAGGUGGUCCCAAAUUUGAGUAUUUAUGGGCAGAUAGAGAUAAAUACAAAAAACCAACACCACUUCCUGCUCCACAAUAUGUUUCCCUGUUAAUGGACUGGAUCGAGUCCCAGAUAAAUAAUGAAACGCUUUUCCCUGUUUCCACAGAUGUUCCAUUUCCGAAGACUUUUAUCUCUAUGUGCCGCAAAAUACUUACCCGCUUGUUUAGAGUAUUUGUUCAUGUGUACAUUCAUCAUUUUGAUAGAAUUGUGGCCAUUGGUGCAGAACCACAUGUGAAUACUUGCUACAAACAUUUCUACUAUUUUGUACGAGAAUUUGAUCUUGUGAGCUCUAAAGAAUUGGAGCCUCUUAAAGAGAUGACCUCGCACAUAUGUGGUGAUUAUCAGGCUUCAGCUCCUUGUAGUUGAGUGAUUUAAAGGUGAAAAGAUGAUCUAUUCCUGUGUGCAGAUACAAUUUUUCGAGUGAUGAAAUUCGUUGUGAUCUGUCUGAAUUCAGGGACAAUAAUCAUGUGAUUUUAAUAGCAUUUGUUGCUGUAUUCUGUCUAUUGGGAAACAGUAGCAUUGGAAAGCAUAGUUGAUAAUAGUGUUUAACCUGCUAUAAACAGAGGCUGUCAUUAAGCAUAUCUUCCAUGUACUUGGGAGACAAAAUUAAUUCUGUCUGGCUGACAUGAACUGUUGUGGCAGAAUUAGUUUCCAAUAGCCUUAAUAUUUUGCAUUUGUAAAUUUAUAUGCUCUGAAAUUUUUAUUCCCGGUCUUGUUAAGGAAUUUUUUUCUAAUAUCUUGUUGAUUUUAUUUAUUUACUUUCUUAAAUGUUUCUCUUCUAUCAUUGUACUGAGGUGAACAUAGAUAAAAUUAUCAGAGUUUGCUCAUGCAGUUCUCAACUAUAUCUAAUGAAGGCAAUCACCAGUGCACUAUUCAGUACAACUAGUCAAAAAACAAAUAAUCUUGAAACAAUAUCUACACUGCUCUUUGAUAUUUCCUACUGUCUUGUUUUUGUUAUAAAUCUUAUUUUAUUAUCUGACAAAAUAAAAGUCCAUGUUAGUGAAGAAAAAAUUAACUAUAAAAAUGAACUUCAAUGUGGAAAGAAGCAUGUUAUUUAACUUCAAGAAAUAUUAGUUUUGAGAAGAAUCUAUCGAGUCGUGAAAUGUCUGUUUCAAGACUAAGCGAAUCUCUUGCAUGAAAAUCUCUCUCUUCCUCGAAAAAAUAAAUGGUAUUCCAAGAAUUUCUUGGAAGAGAAUGGGACAAUGUCCAAAUUCUGUUUGUUUAAAACUUUAUUUAUUUUUUUAGCUCAGAAUCAAAAAAGAUAUUAUGAGAGAACAAUGUAUGUCAUUAAUUAUUUCUUUGACAGGAAAUAAUUAAGUCUCCAGUUAAUGUGGUGUGCCCUAAACACUUUUGAUAAAAUGUUAUUUUCCAUAAUUUUUUCACAUGUUUUUUCUCUUCCAAGGUGUAGAAUGCAUUUACAUGUUCUAAAAAUAUGAUAGUAUUGCGAAGUAAUUUACAAAUCUAGUUUUGUACAUUUGUUUCCAACUUUUGGCACAUAUGCAAGUUUGUUAUUUUACUUUCACACACAUAGGUUCAUUGCUUUGGCCAAGUAUAUGCUUUGUAUAUGCUCUAUUUUCUUCAUUCAUUGUUAUUUGUUUGAAGUAAUACAGUUGAAAAGGGAGCUGAGAAAACAUGUGACUGUGCAAACUCAAAAUUGUGUUACUGAAAAUUGAAUAAAAUUCUUGUGUAGUGCUUUAUUGUUAAAAUGUUUGCAAUCAACCCUUUAACUUGAUUAUAUCAUUGCUUGUAUAAAACAUGAAGUCAGUGGACUGAAUUAUAUAGAAAUCUGUGAAGAUAAUAUAAUUGGCUCUUCUAUAUUGUUUUACAAACCUUUUAAUUUCAAGAUAAUUCUGGUUUUCUGUAAUAAUGUCCAUUCAUUAAAUGAUAAUCUACAUUCUAGUAUUUAUACAGGUACAUUGCCUCUUCUGCUUUUUUAAUUUUACCCCAUGAGCAUUUACAAGUUUACCUUGUUGCUUUGAAAGUAUAAAAAGUUACUGUUUAUGUAGAUGAAUGUGCAAGCCAGUUUGAACAUACGCAGUGACUAAACUAAAUAUUUACCUCUUUGAGUCUUCUUCCAGACUAAAAAAAAAAAUGGAAAUCAUAGGGCAUCAAGUUGAAACUGGAAAAAGUGGGCCAGGUACUACCAAUUUAUUUUGACAGCAUUAGUAACAAUUGUUUCUUUAGGGAAUUCCCUUCAUCAAGGUAAAAGGAUGUUGGCCAAGACUACCCCUAAAUUACAUUGUACAGUCUUGUUAAGGUCAUGCAGAAAUGAUUAAUUAUUGGAAGAACACAGGAUUAAUUUGUUAGCAUUUUUAAAAUUUUAUUGAAGCAUGAACGACUUUAAAGCAUAAACCAAUUUUAUCCAUUUUGAGGCAUAUAGAAUCAAUUUCAACUCUUUCGAUAUUUUUUACAUUCAUUAUUUUGAAUACAGAUUUUCUUAUCUCUUUAUUUGUGUUAUUUUGGAACAGUUUUUUAUGUAUUUGCACAGGAAGGCCUUAUACAAUAAGUAAAAUCUCCAAAUAUUUGUUAUUUGCUGCUUUGCCAACAUUAAAAGCCCUACUGCUAAAACAACCUUGUAUACAUGUGCACGUAGACCCUGAUUUACAAGAAUGGACUUUCAAACUUACUCGUAAACUUACUCAUAUUUGUUACAACAACAGCUACUGAAUAACAUGUUCUACUGAGCUCAAUACAAAGCUUAUGAAGUUAAUUGCUCAUGAUAAUCUGAACAAAUAAAAGUAUAUUUAAUUGCUGUAAUAUGGGGUUUUCUCCAUUGAGUACCACUGGAAUAAUGGAAGGAGGAUUUUGACUCAGCUAGUCGGUGAUGUUUCCAAAUUUGCAGUGUUGUCAAAUGUCUGCAGUUUUAUUUUUAUUGGUGUGAAUGCUGCUCUCCUGACUGAAUUCUCGUAAGUUGGGGGCUGGCUGCACUCAAGUGCUGUGUUUUGUAAAGUAGAAGUGAAAUAAAAAAGGAAGUUUUUUGGAGAAAAACCCUGGUUGAAAGGACAUGAAGAGAGUUGGUUGACUGCAAGUGAGACUAACUCUUUUUUAUACAACUUGUUAGUGUUGAUAUUGUGGGAGGAAAAAACUGUAAAGGAACAUGGGUGGAACUUGGCAUGCCAUAUUUUUAAUAACUUGUUUAUUUUUAACUAAAUUUAUACAAUUUCUGUGCAAUUU